AACUCAAAAUCUUCUCACCGUAACUCAGCUGACCUCACUUCUCCUGUCAACAUGUCCCACAGCUGCUGCUCUGGAAGCUUCUCCUCCCGCUCCCUUGGGGGCUACCUGAGCUACCCAGGCUCCUUCUGUGGCUCUUCCUACCCCAGGAACUUGUUCUACAGCACUGCCUCCCGCUCUCCCAUCACCUGCCAGCUGGGUUCCUCUCUCUACAGUGGUUGUCAGGAGAACUACUGUGAGCCCAUCAGAUGCCAGACUUCCUAUGUGGUAUCCAGACCUUGCCAGACGUCCUGUUACCACCCAAGGACCUCCACACUCUGCAGUCCCUGUCUGACGACUUAUUCUGGAUCUCUAGGUUUUGGAUCCAGCAGCAGCUGCUCCCCACGCUGUGGAUUUAGAAGCUCCUACUCACUGGGUUGUGGCUCCAGUAGCUUCAGACCCCUGGUUUAUGGAGUUCGUGGUUUCCCUUCUCUGAGCUAUGGAUCUGGAUUCUGCCGCCCAUCCUACUUGACUUCUAGGAACUUCCAGUCUUCUUGCUACAGACCAACCUGUGGAUCUGGCUUCUACUAAUCAUCUUAUUAAAUUUCUAAUCUUGUUAUCCAAUACCAUCAAUGCCUCGACUCAUAAACGUCAUUACCUUUGUCAUCUACAGAAAGAAUUAUCCUCUUACUUUCUGAUUGUCAAAUUUUCACCUUGUCUCUUGCCCUAAACACUGGCUAAAAGGUCUCCCUAAAAAAUUCUAUAAUUAAUAUACUAACUCAAAAUAAAGUCUAAAGUCUGCAUUGGAGAUGGAA